AUGGCGCAGACGAAGAAGAAGAGGACUCACCAAUGCGACGACGAACCGGACGACAUUUUCUUCUACCGCUAUUCUUCCAUCGCAGCACCACCUUUACCUCCUUCGAACCCUAAACAAGCUUCUUCCUCCGCCACCAAAUCAUCAGCUCCCGGCGGAUCCGGCGGCUUGGCACCUUCCAGAUCGACGCUCUACAUCUCCAAUCUCGAUUUCUCGCUCACCAAUUCCGACAUCCACACGCUCUUCUCCACCUUCGGCAAGGUCGCGCGAGUCACCGUCCUCAAGGAUCGCCAGACUCGCCGAUCCCGCGGCGUCGCCUUCGUGCUCUACGUGUCUCGCGAUGACGCGGCUAAAGCGGCGAGUUCAAUGGAAGGGAAGAUCCUUAACGGACGGAAACUGACGGUUUCGAUCGCCGCCGAUAACGGACGAGCGUCGGAGUUUAUUAAGAAGAGAGUGUACAAGGAUAAAUCCAGGUGCUACGAGUGUGGAGACGAAGGGCAUCUUUCGUAUGAGUGCCCUAAAAAUCAAUUGGGUCCUAGGGAGAGACCGCCGCCUCCGAAGAGAAGGGGACGGCGGAAGGAGGAUGAAGGAGAAGCUGAGGAAGGGAGAUAUUUGUCGGCGCCGCCGUCGGCUGUGACGGAAGGGUUUGAGGAGGAGAAUUGGGCUUCGGUGGUGGAUAAUGAAGCUGGAGAGAGGUUGAUGAUGAGAGAAGCUGAGGAAGAAGAAGAGAUGAGAAAGAAGAGAAAAGAGGCUGCAGGGAAGAAAGUUAGCUACUUUAGUGAUGAGAGUGAUGAUGAAGACUAA